AUGGUUUUAUACUACAAGAGCAGUCACAUUUUUAACCACAACUUUGAAAUCGUGACACUUGCUUAUUUCAACCGAUAUCCAAACCCCUUCUCCACACAUGUCAAAUCCACUGAUACGAUCGAUGUUUACAUCGACGAUGAUGGUAAAUUGCACCAAAUUAAGUUGAUUAGAAAAACAGGAAAACUGCCUCAGUUCAUUAAACCAUUUCUAGGUAAGAUUACUACAUCUUGGAUUAUUGAAAAUACGGUUGUGGAUCCAAAAACCCAGGAGAUGCACACGUAUAAUUGUAAUUUGGAUCAUCGGAAAAUUAUCAGAGUUGAGGAGUAUAAUUUCUAUAAGUUCGACAGUUCUGAGAAUAUUACGAAAUCAAAUACAACUGUGAAGUUUAGCAGCGGAUUCUCCCAGAAAUUUGGUUUAGGUCUAAAUAUUAAAGAUAGGAUCGAAAAUUGGUCAAAGAAUAAGUUCAGCUCUAACAUAAUAAGAAGUAGAGAAGGUUUACAGAUUGUGAUGGAAUCUGUCAAGGAAAGGUUAAAAGCCAAUAGACAGUUGACGAGUUGA